GUUGUUGUUCUGGUGUGUGAGGAGAAUAUUUGAGGCUCUGCAGUAAAAAUGUCUUCACUUCAGUCUCUGGGAGAGUUGAUCAGCUAAAGCGACUAACUGCUGCUGCUGCAGAAAUCUUCUCACCAGGCUGUGGAAACUUUCUUCUCCUCCUCAACAACUUGGUGGAGUUCUUUCCAGAACCGGAGAAGAUAUUCUGCGGUCUUCGUGACAAUCGGAGCUCCAGAAUCAGGUUGUGGAUUGAAGAGGUUCCCUCUAUCAGACUCGCUCAUCUGAGUUGGUCAUGAUGCAGGAUCGCUGCUCGCUCUCUGAUCCAUCCUGCUCACACUCUCCGACGGAAACGCCCCGAAUCUGAAUGUGACUCUGGAGGAAAAAGCGGUUAGCUCUACUCCGUGAACUCUGCUGUUAGCUAAACACGGCUAAAGAAAACCUGCUACCACUUCAGGAUCUGGGACUGAUUCAUCGUGUGUUCUUCACCACCUGGACCUGGACAGCAUGGACACAGUUCCUAUAAAAAGUGAAGAUGAAGAGAAGCCUCUGUUCUCACAACUUCAUCAGCAGCAAAUAGAAGACAGAGAUGUUCCAUCCAGCCGCUCAGCUGACCAGAUUAAAGCAGAAACUGGUGGAGGAGCAGAAACUAGCAGGAACCCAGAUCUGAACCCUCAAGAACAAACAUCUGAUUCUUCAGAGACUGAAGUUAGUGGAGAUGAUGAUGAUGAUGAUGAUGAUGAUAUGAAUCUAGACUCUGAACUGCCAAACUCAGGGUCUGAAAUUGGAGACAAAAACAAUGACUGGAAUGAGAGCAGGUCUUUUCAGUCAGAAGUUAAGACAGUCAACAAAUCUUUUAGCUGCCCUGAGUGUGGUAAAUUAUUUCCCCAUAAGCGGUCUCUCCAGAAACAUGUGAGAGUGACAAGUCAUUCAGCAAUAUGCUCUUCAGGCUUUUUGAUUAAUAAUAAAAGUGUUGGAGUGAAGCAACAUCUAGACUCAGAUAGGAAAGUUCAGAAAGAUCUAAAAUCAUUUAGAUGUGACGACUGCGGAAAAAUAUUUAGUAUAAAAUCCCAAUUAAACAAACACAUAAGAGUCCACACAGGACAGAAACCUUUUGCCUGUGAGCUUUGUGGACAAAGAUUUAGCCGUAAGUCAACUUUAAGUGAUCACAUGAGAGUCCACACAGGAGAGAAGCCAUUUCCAUGUGAGCUCUGUGGUCAAAGAUUUAGCCUGAAGUCAUCUUUAAACAGUCACAUGAGAGGCCACACAGGGCAGAAACCUUUUGUCUGUGAGUUUUGUGGAAAAAGAUUUAGCCGUAAGUUAACUUUAAAUACACACAUGGGAGUCCACACAGGACAGAAGCCUUUUCCCUGUGAGCUCUGUGGAAAAAGAUUUAGAUUGAAGGGAGAUUUAAACAAACACAUAAGAGUCCACACAGGACAGAAACCGUUUGUCUGCGAGCUCUGUGGAAAAAGAUUUAGCCAAAAGUCAGCUUUAAAUGAUCACAUGAGAGUCCACACAGGAGAGAAGCCAUUUCCAUGUGAGCUCUGUGGUCAAAGAUUUAGCAUGAAGUCACAUUUAAAUAGUCACACGAGAGUCCACACAGGACAGAAGCUUUUUGUCUGUGAGCUUUGUGGAAAACGAUUCAGCCGUAAGUCAACUUUAAACAGUCACAUUACAUUCCACACAGGACAGAAGCCUUUUGUCUGUGGGUUCUGUGGCCAAAUGUUUUCUAAAACGUCAAGUUUAAUCAGACACAUGAGAGUCCACACAGGACAGAAGCCUUUUCCCUGUGAGCUCUGUGACCAAAUGUUUUCCCAAAAGACAAGUUUAACCAGACACAUGGGAGACCACACAAGGACACAAGGAACUAAUGUAAUAACACAAGUCCAAAAAUGAUUGUAGUUUGUACAUCCUAGUUCCAUGUGUUGCAGCCCUGGUUGUUGUCCUGGAUCAGAGUUGCUUCCAGCCCAUGAGCCACCUCUCCCUGUCCUGCAAGUCACAUUUUGUGACCACUAAGCUGUAAUUAUUUAACUAAAUCUCAGUUUCCAUUGUGAUGCAGCACAAUGCAUCUCUAUUAAUGUUUAUGUUCAUUCAUUUAGCAGACGCUUUUUUUCCAAAGCGACUUACAAUUUAUAACCUAUAGGGCAUGUUGUGAUUUGUGCGGGAAAUCGGAGUACACAGAGGAAACCCACGCAUGCAUGGGGAGAACACGCAACUCCACGCAGAAAGGCCGCAGCCGAGCCCAGUUUUGAACCUGCAACCUUCGUGCUGCGAGGCAACAGUGCUAACCACUGCAGCACCAUGCAGCCAUUUAAGCCAUAUUAAGGUAGCGCGACUCGGGUUGCGAAUGACCACAGUCACCAAUUCUUGACAUGUGUAGCGUUAUGAACAUGCUAUUUUCUGCCCUUAACAGCUGCCCUUUAACACCGUGUCAGUGUGCAUGAAUUGCCACGGUCGUGCGCUUGCUUCUGAUGUUUACAUUCAAGGAAAGAAGACAGAAGAAGGACGAAGAACGCUUUUCAUUAAUUAAUCAAAGAACUUUAUUUCUAAUAAAGCUAAUCAAAACAAAUGUUAGUCAAUAAUAAUCAGGUGACUGAUCUGUGAAAUCAGUGUAAUGAUUUAUGUGUUUAUUGAAUAACAGGACUAACUAUGCCAGACACUCUGAUUCACAUAAGGUAAACAUCAUGACACAUUGUUCGCUCAUUCCAAUCAGAACCUCCGGUCUGUUGCGGGGCAGAGUUCUGUAGUGUUUAUUUAAUCUGUCCACUCCGAUUGGCUAAGAAUUAUAAACAACGAAGUUAAUAAAACAGAGCAACGCCAUUUUAACUUCAGUUCCAUCCAGUUCCAACGGAGUUUCAACGUAGCUCCAACCAGCUCUCAAAGCCAUCAUCGCCAAGUGAAGUGCAGGCUGGCCAGCUGCAUUUUCUACUUUUAAGCUAAGAACUGUCAAGCUGGAAAAUUCUGUCGUUUUAACAACUAGACGACGGUUCCUUCAAAAUAAAAGCUGAACGCGCUGACAUCUGCCUCUGCUACCGGGAGCCGAUCCGCAGACGGGUUUUGUCGUGCUGCAGACGCUGUUUCAUCAGUUCCAGUACCAAGGAAGGUCCGAGGACCUGACAUUCCUGAUCUGACCCGGGAGGCUCCGAAACGGUACGUAGACCGACACAGAUGGCGUUUCAUGUCACUUCCUCCUGAAGUCCUCGUGGUGCGUAGUCAAAACAGCCCUCCUCAGACUCGCCUGCAUCAGCUCGAGAUUCUGAACUGACACACACACACACACACACACCAACACGUCAACAUUCAAAUCCAUAUGCAUCCAUCAUAUAGAGUUAGUCCUGGUGAUUGUUUGAAUUUAUAAUUAUAGAAAUUAAAGAUUCUUAAACGAU